GCCAGUGCACCAAUAACAGGGUUGCCGUGCUCCCUUCGCCCAUAUAUGCCCACGCUCCCGCUUCGCAGCUGCACUGAUCUCACCCACCUCUUCCCCCCGCCAAGAGCAGCAACGAACUGCGAAUUCUAGCUCUGAAGCAGCUCAAGAUCGGGCUUGCUAGAAGAAGCCAUUCCGAGUCUUUUCCCAACCAUACAGGCUACAGGCCUACAGCAAUACCAUGGCGGCAUCAGUAGCCUGCGCCUUCUUCUUCGAGGCCGAGCCGGUGGGCGAGCCCGGCAUGCCGGCGCUAGACGCGUGCGCGCUCUGUGCCAAGCGGCUGGUGCGCGACAGCGACGUCUUCAUGUACAGAGGGGACACGCCCUUCUGCAGCGAGGAGUGCCGCCACGAGCAGAUGCAGCUCGACGCCGUCUCCGCCAGGCAGGCCGCCCGGAGGCUGCAGCGGUUCUCGGCGGGAGCAGAGUCCGGGCGUGCACGCCAUGGGGUGUCCGUCUCGAGCUAACCAGCGAGAGUGCCAAGCGACAUACAGUACGUGCCUGACAACGAAAGGUUAUUAUGCUUGAGCCAACCUGAUCUCCGUGCACCAAGCCGCUGGUGUCCGUGGCUAGCUGAUCGAUCAGCGCGAGGUCGAGGAGACUUGCCUUGCUUGAAGAAGCAAGGGGCGAGCGAGUCACCGGAGUCGCUCACGGCAGGCCGGCGCUGCAUGUGCUGCCGGUCAAGUGAUUUGGGCAUAAACGCAGCGGAAAAGGGGCUGGAUUGAAUCUGAAGAAAGUGAAGCAAACAACAUUCCCCGCGGCUUAACUUUGAGGCGGUCAUGUCUGACCCUCAGUUUUUUCUUUUCUUUCUGCGUUAUUGUCACUUCUGUAUAAGCUCAUUUGAGAUGGCACUCUCGCUCGGUACAUUCUCAAGCGAAUCGACAUACAACAUGCCUUGUGCAAUCCUCUUUC